AUGAACUAUGUUGAACAUCUUUCCCAGGACGCCCCCACAGUGAUGAUCGAGUACUACUGCAUUGUAGCCUCGUCCGCACUGCUAUGGUUCGACCACAUGUUGACGUUCCCGAGCGAAUACGCUCGCAUAUGGCGACGGAAAUUCACGGGGGCUACGCUCGUAUUCCUUCUCAUGCGAUAUGCGGCAUUCAUCGAGCGGAUAUUUUUCGUGCUAGAAGUGCUCGUAUGGGGCGCAAACGACGAGGCGUACGAUCACUACCACGCACCUCUUAAAACUUAUCUCGCCAUUGCAGUUGCGACCGCAGCAAACAUCGCAUCCGUCGCCGCAGCCGCCUUUCUCAUCGUGUUGACCUGGGUCAAGACGUUCAGUAUUGUGAGCUACUCAUUUCGAGGGGGCUCCCGUACUCCAUUGGCAACUGUACUUCUGCAGGAUGGCACGCUUUACAUCUUGGUCAUUUUGGCCUUCCAAUUGCCCCCAUUGCUACCGACUGUUGUGCGUGUCUACUCCAUCCAAUCACUCAUCUGGCAGUGGCUGACAUGGCUUGGGGCCGGUAGCGGUAUUGCCAACUGGCCGUCGGCGUGGCUCUACUUCGGCGAGGUUUUUGUAGUAAUUGCGCAUUCGCGCUUCAUGCUCAGCCUGCGCGGGCUCUAUUUCGCCGAUGGCGGCGCUGGGGAGAGUGAGCUCACGCCGCACUGGUCUGGUAUCAACUUCCAUGGCAUCUCCUCCCGCAUCGUCGGCAACUUGGGCGCAACGCUCGAUCUAUCGCCAGGAUCAGGCCUUGGCGCAGUCCAUGGGGUGUCGCCCGGCGCGAUGUGGCAGGACGCAUCUGACCGCGAAUUCGAGUCAGGGUGGGCCGACGAGGUGCCGGAGUACUGCGAUGACCCGUUCUCCGCGGGCUUGAUGAACCUGAGAGUGGGGAUGCCCAACGUCGUUGAGAGGGUGGCGCAGGAAAGAACGGCAAAGCCUACCGCAUUCUGGCUGUACUCCUCUGAGGACUUGGGCGCGCUGCGUGGGGACAAGGGCGCUCAGAUCAGCUUCCCCGCACUUUUUGCGCCGAUGGGCGCGAACAGGAAGCGCCGAUUUCCAGACCGUCAUCUAGGUUCUCCGCUUCCAUCCGCGCUCAUGUAA